GUUAUUGAGGUUUUCUCUCGCCCACGCUCGUUAAAAUGUGUCUACGUCAGUAGUGAGUAGGGGAUCACGCGACUUAGCAAGCAGGCUCUCUCCUUUUUCUUGUCGCUUCCUUCUUUCUUUCUCAAUUUUAUCUUCUGUGACAAAGAACAGAAAAGGAGGGAGGCUAGCACUCCAUAGACUAGCAUGCAUGCAGAAAAAAAAAUGCAGAAAACAUUUGCUCAAAUCACAAAUGGAAAUGAUCGUUGAUGAAAAAGGCUGAAGGUGAGCAGCUACGCCCCCUUUAUUUGCAAUCAAGCCCAUCAACAAAGAUGCUGGUGCCCAUUUUCACGCUCAAACUGAACCAGAAGAUUUUCCCCAGACUGGUGACGGUCGGACAUUACGAUGGCAAGCAUCCAUCGCUAACUGCAGCUACAAAUGGUGGAAAGGUUUUCAUACACACACCUCACCAUCGUAUGUCCAGCCCCUCCCCCUCAACCAUAUCCACUGCACGUCUCUCAGUCUCAUCCUCAGACUCUGACAUCACUCUGCUGAGCAUCGGACAACAUGUCACAUCAUUGGCAGCGGGGAAACUGGAUCCGGAACUGGACCAGGACGUGUUGGUGGUGGGUACCCAAACCAACGUACUGGCAUAUGAUGUGGAGCAAAACUCUGAGCUGUUCUAUAAGGAGCUGCCUGACGGAGCUAAUACCAUACUGAUAGGGCAGCUGGCGGACAUGAGUAAGCCCCUGGCCUUUGUUGGGGGUAAUUGUGCAAUCACAGGACUGGACCAUGAGGGACAAGACUCGUUCUGGACAGUAACCGGGGACAAUGUGUGCUCGCUGGCCCUGGCAGACUUUAACUCUGAUGGGAGGAAUGAGCUGCUGGUAGGCUCUGAGGACUAUGACAUCAGGGUGUUCCAGGGCGAUGAACUGUACGCAGAGAUUAAUGAGGCGGAGGCAGUGGUGGCACUGUGUCCCCUGCAGGGAGACAAGUUCAGUUACGCCCUUGCCAAUGGAAUAGUGGGCGUGUACAGCGGACAAGAAAGAUUCUGGAGGAUCAAAUCGAAGCACCAGCCGAUAUGUAUGGCAGGGUUUGACAUGAACGAGGACGGAGUGCCUGAGGUGAUAACAGGAUGGUCGAGUGGGAAGGUGGACGUUCGUAGCAGUCAAACCGGUAAUGUCAUUUACAAGGACACCUUCUCCUCCACCGUGGCCGGUAUUGUGCAAGCUGACUACCGAUUGGACGGCAAAGAGGAGUUGAUCUGUUGCUCUGUGGAAGGAGAGGUCAGAGGUUAUCUGCCUGCCAGUAUGGGGAUGGUCUCCCAGCAACACAGCUUGUCAUUAGGGCCGGAGAGCAAGGCACUGCAGGAGCUCACAAAGAGAAGACAGAACUUAACGAUAGAGCUAAAGAAUUUUGAAAUCAACGAAAAGUGUAGAUACCGUGAUGUGCGUACAUUCCUAGCUUUCUAUAGACGUAGAUGUGGUCACCUGGCUGCAAGUCUUCACGCUGGACCGCAUGGCUGCUGCUUGUGCUCCAUCCUGGUACAAGUGCAAAGAGUGCAAGUCAGCACUCAAGAAAGAGGGUUAAAGAAUCAAACUCCCAAUUUGAGAGAAUGGACAUCUCUCAUGAAUGACUUGCCGAUUCACUGGGUGACUACAGAGUGGGAGAGGAGUACUUUAUGCACGUUUACAAUUAGAACAGCGACUCCAUGCAGUGGUCGAAGGAGGACAAGAGAAAGUUGAAUCACUCUAUCCGGAAGUCAGUGAAACACUUGUCAAUUGUUCAGUAUCCAUCAGGUUUGUCAAUUGCAAGCACACGCACACAAAAUGUGCACAGUGCAUGCAUGGCAGGGAUCAAAGAGUGUUUACUACUAAUUCUAAAUUAGAAUCUAAUCAAUACGUGUUCAUAGUACAAGCUACUGUAUGGAUAUCUGCGUGUGUGUAUUGUUAUUGUACAACCUCGUGCAGUUGUAUGUAUUCCCCGCACCUAGUAACCGUUCCGGAGAUGCCUACAGGAGACACGAGCAAGCCAAAAAGAGGGAAUACGGACAAAGGGUCAGAGAAAUCGAGCGGGGAGUCUUCACACCCUUAGUCCUCUCAACCUGGGGAGGAAUGGGCAAAGAAGCAGCAACCUUCUACAAGAGGCUCGCUGAUUUGUUAGCCUCGAAAAGACAAAAUCCCUACCCAGCUGUAAUGGGAUGGCUUUAGAUGCAGGCUAUCUUUUGCAUCAAUUCGCUCUGCAAUAAUGUGCAUUCGAGGAAACCGCUCAUCGUUGCAUAGACCUGUUUACAUGGACAAUAUCAACCUUGUAUCUCAGGAGGGGCGCGUCCCCCCCCUGAAUACAUAAUU